UGACACUUCGAAACGAUUGUAACCUCACUUUUGCAUGUGUUUUAGAAAGUCAAGGGGGUUUAAAAAUCAUGUCUAGUAAGAAGCCUCCGAAACAGACAAACACUAAACCGAAAGGUAAAGCCAAAGUAAAAAUUUUCAACAACAGAAAGAAAGCAACAACCCCGGAGUCGAUUUUUAUUGAAAAGCUACAACAAAAAUACGAAACUAUUGAUGUUUCUGGCAUUAACAGUUUCAAUGACUUACCUUUAUCCCCAAAGACUCAGAAAGGGCUUAAAGAAUGUGGUUAUACUAAACCUACAGACAUUCAAAGAGAAACAAUAAAAUUGGGGCUGACGGGCAAAGACAUACUUGGAGCCGCUCAGACGGGUUCGGGUAAAACUCUUGCGUUUCUUAUCCCAAUUCUGGAACGUUUGUAUUGCAAACAAUGGACAAAAUUGGAUGGUCUUGGUGCUUUGGUUAUCACGCCUACCAGAGAGUUGGCUUAUCAGAUUUUCGAGGAGUUGCGUCGAGUUGGGGAACAUCAUGAUUUUUCCGCUGGUUUAAUUAUCGGUGGGAAAGAUUUGAAGUUUGAGAGGAAUAGAAUGGAUCAAUGUAAUAUUGUGAUUGGUACACCUGGCCGCCUUUUGCAACACAUGGAUGAAAACCCAUUAUUUGAUUGCGUAAACAUGGAAAUACUGGUCUUGGAUGAGGCUGAUAGGUGUUUAGAUAUGGGUUUUGAACAAACCAUGAAUGCAAUUGUGGCGAAUUUACCAUCAAAGCGUCAAACUUUGUUAUUCUCAGCAACACAAACUAAAUCAGUGAGGGAUUUGGCACGUUUAAGUUUGAAAAAUCCUGCCUAUGUUUCUGUGCAUGAACAUAGCGAAUAUAGUACACCGGAGGGUCUGCAACAAAGUUAUGUUGUUUGUGACCUAAAAGAUAAAGUUUCAAUUUUGUGGAGUUUUAUCAAAAAUCAUUUAAAACAGAAGAGUAUAAUAUUCCUUGCGAGCUGUAAAGAAGUCAAAUACAUUUAUGAAAUAUUUUGCAGAUUAAGGCCUGGUGUUAGUUUAAUGGCUUUGUAUGGCACUCUUCACCAGUUGAGAAGAAUGGAUAUUUAUGAAACUUUCUGUAAGAAAACCUCAGCAGUACUUUUUGCGACUGACAUUGCGUCGAGAGGCUUAGAUUUUCCAGAAGUUCAUUGGGUGGUUCAAGCUGAUUGUCCCGAAGAUGCAGCAACUUACAUUCAUCGUGUUGGAAGGACUGCGAGGUUUUUCAGGGGAGGAGAAAGUCUGCUUCUUCUUUUACCAAGUGAAUUAAAAGUGUUGGAUAAUUUGAAAGAGAAGAAAAUUCCGAUUGAAAAAAUAGAAAUAAACCCCUUGAAACUCAACAACCCCGUGCGUAAAAUGGAAGCCUUUCUGGCCAGAGACCCCGCAUUGAAGGAUACAGCACAAAGGGCUUUUGUUUCUUAUGCCAAAUCAGUGUUUCUUAUGAAGGACAAGAAAGUGUUUAAUGUCCAGGCGUUGGAUACAGAUUCGUUUGCACAUUCUCUUGGUUUAGCGAUUCCUCCAAGAAUACGAUUUUUGCAAAGACUGAAUGCUAGGUCAGGAAAAAAACAGCAAAGUAAAAAUAAAAUUUAUUUUGAUGAUGAAGAUAAUGAUGAAGUUAAAGAAAAGGUCGUGUCAACGGACAGUGGUGUAAGCGACGAUGAAAAACCUUCAGCUCCAUUUCACGUGUCUGAGGAUAGUGACAGUGAUGACGGAGUUUUAAAAGUGAAAAGAAAAGAUCAUGACAUAGAUUUACCAACUGAUUUAGAAUUAGAAGAAAACGGUAGAAACAAAAAGAAGAAACCUGUGACAAGAGCAGCAGUCGUUAAGAAAUUAAUAAAGAAGAAAAUUAUUCCAAAUAAGAAAAUUAUCUUUGACGAUAGUGGUGAAGCAGUGAGUGUAGGCUUGAAAGACAAGAAAUCGCAGUUGGCACAAGAGUACGAAAAUGAAGAUAAAGGUGGUAUUGAUAUUGAGACAGCGAAACUGGUACUUAAGGAAGAAGAUAAGUUUGAUAAACAGCUGUUUAAAGAUAAAGUGAAGGCGAAACAUAAAGAGGAAAAACGGAAACUUAAGGAACAAAAGAAGGAGGAAGAAGCGGAAAAGGAUGAAUUUGGAGAAUCAGAAUCUGAGAAUGAACCUGAUUUGUCAUGGCUGCCCGAUCCUGACAAAGUCUAUGGAAAAAAUGAAGAACUGGAUGAAGACAAUAGCAUUGCAAAAAAGGAACCAAUUAAAGAAAAGCCAAAAAAGAGAAAGCUGGAACCAGGAACUACAAAGAAGGAAUUACCGGUCAAAAAGAAGAAAAAAGGGAAAAUUAGCGAAAUUAGUUCAAGUCUUAAUGUUAAUGAAGUGGAAGAAUUGGCAUUAAUGUUACUCAAAAGUAAAUAAAACUUUAUAUUUUUCAAAUA